UUGGUAUUCUCUUUUUUUUACUAUUUAGUUUUCCUCUCUAUUAAGUAUUAACCAACUAAAUGUAUUUCAUACAAAACUAGUUUCAGAUUUAAAAUUUGACCUAUUAAGUCUCUAAAAUAUAUGUUUAUAUUCAGUGAUUGUGUGUUCACUAAGAGGGCAUUUUGGUCAUUUGACAUCGGUAACAAGUCUUGAUAGGCUCUUAAGGCCAGUCUUGGGUUAUAUAACAAGUCAUCUUCUGUCAUUGAGGAAGAGAAAAAGGAUCUGAGGAACAAUGGCAACGACAAGACAGAUCUUGGAACAGCCACAAUCGCCAUUUAUUCAACGUAUCAAGAGCUCAGGGAACAUUAGCAUUAACGGCAGUUCUAUGAUUGAUGACAAAGAAGAGGAGCUUUCGCAGUCUGCUUUUGCUUUGUUUAAGGCAAAAGAAGAUGAGAUUGAGAGGAGGAAGAUGGAGGUUAAAGAUAGGGUCCAGACAAAGCUUGGACUCGCUGAGGAAGCUACUAGAAGAUUAGCCGAGAUUCGGGAAGAACUGGAAGCUCUUACUGAUCCAAUGAGAAAAGAGAUAUCCGCGAUAAGGAAAAGAGUCGAUGCUAUUAACCGGGAACUUAAGCCUUUAGGACAGAGUUGUCAGAGAAAGGAGAGAGAAUUCAAAGAAGCGCUUGAAGCUUACAAUGAAAAGAACAAAGAGAAAGCUAUAUUUGUUAGCAAGCUAGUUGAGCUGGUUACCGAAAGCGAGAAACUGCGGAUGACAAAGCUAGAGGAACUCAGCAAAAGCAUUGAAAUAUCGCUACGCUAACACAAGAUGAAGGCUAUAAAAGCAGCCAACUUUAAUUUCUUCUUUCUUCUUCGCUUUUUAAUUGUUUGAUUCGAUAUUUGCUUUUCUGUGUGAUCAAAUCUGUUUUCCUGAUUCAGUAACCUUAGAAGAAAUGUGUCAAAAUAUCACAUUCUUAUGUCUUCAUUUCUGUGUGACAAUGCUUCAGAAAUAUGCCUUUUACUUCUUGA